CUAAAAAAUAAGAAGAGUUUUUUCCUCCUAACCAUUCCUGCCUCGAUCUGAUGUACGCUCCUUUAGCUUUGGAAAUGUAAAUAUUGUCCAGGUUCAGUUGUAAAUGGUUUAAUCUGAUCUUUUGUUCUUCAGAUAGAUUUUCUGGCAGAACAUUGUUCAAUAAGAUAAUUUCUUUUAUUACUUCUGAUUCUACUUUCCUUUUUCUUUUAGAAUCUCAGCUCCAGUUUUCAGAAACAUUUUUUGAAGUUCAUAUUUUAGGAGUUCCCAAUUUUUACUAAAUUCCUUCUGACUGCAAACUGUAUUACAAAACUUUAUAAUUAUUUGUUUAAUGUUUUCUUCCACUGUUUUAUUUUCUAACAGUGAAGAGUUGAGUUUCCAGUAAGCUGUAACUGUAUUUUUUCCAUACUGGUUUAAUUGAGUUUUUCCAGUUAAAAUAAGUUUGUGGUCUGAUAACGGAGCUGGAAGAAUCUCUGACUUCAUUUCAUCAGUUAUUAAAUCAGACAGCAGCCAGAAAUCACUUCUUGAUUUAAAGGAGCCUGUUUUGUUUUGCACAUAAAUUUAACUUUGGACUUAUUUUUUUGUCUCCAUUCAUCAAUCAGGCCAAAGGUUGACAUAAAGUUUUCUAGAACUGUGUUUGGAUUUGUAUUAGCCUUUGGAGGAAAUCUAUCUAAUGCUUCAUUAAGAGUUGAAUUGAAGUCCCUACCAAUAAUAAUAUUCAUAUUAUGAUAUUUUCCACAUAAGUAAUUCACCCCAUUACUUAAUCUAACAUAAAGUUGCAUAUUUUCUGCUUUGGUAUUGUACCCAUAUAUAGAACCCAACAAAAGAAUUUCUUCAUUUAUUGAUACAACUAAUAAGACAAAAUGUCCAUAUGUGUGGACAUAAUCCAUCUCCACUGAAGUUGUUUGGUAAUGUUGCCUCCUGCUGACUGAGUGGAGCCAUGUUCCAGCCGUAGUUCGUCCCCCCACUGACUUUUCCAGAACUUGGUAUCAUUUGCAGUUGAAUGAGUUUCUUGGAUAAAACAGAAAUCUGCUUUAAAAUUUUUAAGAUAUAAAAACGUUGCCUUUCUUUUAAUGUUGUUCCUUAACCCUCGAGCAUUGAGUGAAAUAACUUUAAAAAAAGAAAUGCUAGUAAGAGUUGUAGCUUCUAACCCUGAAAACUGAGUUACAGAAAAAUCUAACAAACUUUCCCAACAGAGAAAUUAUAUAAUAAACGGAGCUUUUUCAAUAUUUAAUGUCAUUACUUAGGGUAAUGACAUUUACUGUCCCCUACUGUCUCCUUCUGUCUCCUAAUGUCCCCUUCUGUCUCCAGGCGUCUGCGGCUCUAAUCCUGCUAAGUGGAUCAACGUUCCUCUGAGACUCUAAGCUCUUUAGACGCUGAAGCAGAGUUCUGUCCGCCAGUUGGACCGGGCCGUGAUGGGAGCCGGCGCCGACCCGACUGGGACCAGACCCUGAAGCAGGACUGACCUUUGAACCUGGGAGAACCACAGAUCACGGGUCAGAACCAUCUGGGCCCGGUUCUGGAGCUAAAGUCAGAAACCUGACCUCCAUAGAGCUGGACCAGGACCUUUGGUUCUGGUUCUGGUUCUGGUUCUGUCAGUCCUCUGUGUGCGUAGGAGCCAUGGACCCUGAGGACCCGUCUCCUCUGCAUCGGUUCGUGGUUGCUAAGCGAUCGAUCGGGUCGAUCUUCGACCAACUGCUGGAGUUUGUGAAGAGCGGUUCUGCGUUUGUGGACGAAGCCGUUCAGAACCAGGACCUGGGUCCGGUUGCUGUGGAGGAGCAGAACCUGGAGAUGCAGAGCUGCGCCACCAAGCUGGCCGCCAUCAGGGAGGUUCUGCUGCGGAGAACCAUGAAGGUGGCCUUCUUCGGCAGAACCAGCAACGGGAAGAGCACGGUGAUCAACGCCAUGCUGAGGGAGCGGGUGCUGCCCAGCGGCAUCGGCCAUACCACCAACUGCUUCCUGAGCGUGGAGGGGACGGACGCCGCCGAGCCCUACCUCACCACCGAGGCGUCUGCCGAGCGCCGCGCCAUCUCUACAGUAAACCAGCUGGCCCACGCGCUGCACAUGGACCCGGCGCUAGACUCGGGCAGCCUGGUCCGAGUGUUCUGGCCCAAGAACCGCUGCACCCUGCUGAGGGACGACCUGGUUCUGAUGGACAGCCCAGGGACGGACGUCACCCUGGAGUUGGACAGCUGGAUCGAUAAGUUCUGUUUGGACGCCGAUGUCUUUGUUCUGGUGGGGAACGCCGAGUCGACGCUGAUGAACACGGAGAAGCUGUUCUUCCAUAAGGUCAGUGAGCGGAUCUCCAAGCCGAACGUCUUCAUCCUCCAUAACCGCUGGGACGCCUCGGUGACGGAGCCCGAGCUCAUCGACCAGGUGAGGAAGCAGCACCUAGACCGCUGCAUCAGCUUCCUGUCGGAGGAGCUGCGGGUCGUUGAACCGGACCGGGCCGCUGACAGAAUCUUCUUCAUCUCUGCCAAGGAGGUUCUGAUCUGCAGGACGCAGCGGAACCAGGGCAUGCCGGAGACAGGGGGCGCUCUGGCUGAAGGCUUCCAGGACCGGCUGACAGAGUUCCAGCAGUUCGAGAGAACCUUCGAGGAGUUCAUCUCUCAGUCGGCGGUCCGGACCAAGUUCGAGCAGCACACGGUGCGGGCGUGGCAGAUCACCGAGGCCAUCAAGACCGUCAUGGACGCCAUCAACAUCGCGUCGGCCAACAGGAAGAUCUGUUGCCUGGAGGAGCGGGAGGAGCAGCGGGACCGGCUGGACUUUGUCCGGGGUCAGAUGAGCCGUCUGAGCGACAGCGUGAAGAACCGGAUCAGAACCCUGACGGACGACGUCACCGCCAAGGUGGCCUCUGCGCUGCUGGACCAGAUCCAUUCCUUGCCGGUUCUGGUGGAGGAGUUCCGGGCCGACUUCAGCCCGUCCCUGGAGAACCUGGAGCUCUACAAAGCUAAACUGGUGCAGCACCUGGAGCAGCGUCUCUCUGGGGGUCUGGCCCAUCGUUGCCAUGGCGACGUUCUCAGGGAGAUCCGGGACGCGCAGAGACUCAUGACCGACAGCGUGCGUCCCCUGGUGUCGCCGUCCAUCCAGCAGCAGCUCUGCGCUCCGUCCUCGUCCUUCGAGAUGACCUUUGACCUCAGCCUGGCCGCCCUCUGCGCCGACUUUAGGGAGGACAUCGACUUCCGGUUCUCCCUGGGCUGGACCGCCCUGGUGACCCGCUUCAUCUGCGCCGCCGGCGCCCACCGGGCGCUGGCCGUCCCCGAGGACGGACCGUCCCUCAAGGACCGGCUGGUGGUUUCCAUGGCAACGAGCCUGGUGUCGGUGUCCUCCAGGGCGUCCAUGGCGGUGCUGCUGAUCGGGGGCGUGGUGUGGCGCUCGGUGGGCUGGCGGGUUGUGGCCCUGUCCGUCUCCCUCUACGGUUUGCUCUACCUGUAUGAGAGACUCACCUGGACGGCCUCCAGCCAGGAGCGCGCUCUGAAGCAGCAGUUCACAGAGUUCGCCGCCUUCCGCCUCCGCGCCGUCGUUCCCGUCACCAGCUCUGCCUGCAGCCAGCAGGUGUUCAAGGAGCUGACCUCCACCUUUGGCCGCCUGACCCAGAGAGUGGACCUGAGCGAGGCGGAGCUGGAGGGACGGAUCCGGCAGCUCACCUGCAGGAUCCAGAGGCUGGAGGCGACCCAGAGGAAGUCCAAGGCCUUCAGGAACCGGGCCACGGAGCUGGAGACCCAGCUGGAGGCCUUCUCUGCUCGCUACCUGCAGGCUGCGGACUGAAGCAGCAGCGGUUUGGAUCCACCUGCUCCGACCAGAACCAGGACCGGACCGGAGGAGGGUGGUUCUGCCUGUGCUGGUGUGGGCCAGCAACGGUAUCAGGGUUUGGUUCUGGUCUCGAUCGGGUUCAUCUGGUUCUGGUCCGUGCCCUUCCAGCUGCUUGAGGUGAAGCUCUGCCUCCACCAGAUGUUGCUGUGACCUCUGACCUCUGCAGCUUGCGGUCAGGUUCAUCAGAGACCUGAUGCCUCGCUGCAAUGAUGAGGUUCUGGGUUUGAAUCCGGUGGUCUGCAUGUUUUCCCUGAGCCGGUCCAGAACCAAGCUGCGUUAGCCGGAACCGACUGAAAUGUUUAAAGCCUUUAUCCUGUGAAUGAAAAUGAUUUUCUGCUUCAGCCAAUAAAAACAUUUAAUACAGAAAUCUGGAUUCAUGGAAACCAUGAAUAUUACCGGCUGAGAGACGUUCUAACAGAACCUGACAGAACCUGACAGAACCUCCAUGAACGGACGGACGGAUGAGUUGGUUGGUCAAUUGAUUGGUUGAUAUAGAAGACCAGGUCCCUCUGCUGAGAGCCAAUCAGAGGCUGGAGGAGUGGUGACCCUGUUGCUAUGGGUGAUGCUGUCAUGUAGAGACUGUGAUGGGGGUCUGGUAAUGUUAGCGCCCCCUGCUGGCGUCUCCAUGGCGACUGCAUGCAGCUGGUCUCAUCUCGGCUCUGAUUGGUUGGUGGAAAUGAACCGAUCUUUGAGACCGGAUGAUGAUGGAAGUAAAAUGAAUGGGAAUAAUAAACACUGAACUGAU